AUGAGUUCUAAGAAAGUUGCUGGUGUCUUGGGUGCUACUGGUUCUGUUGGACAAAGAUUUAUCUUACUGUUGGCUGACCAUGUUGACUUUGAAUUAAAAGUCUUGGGAGCAUCUUCGAGGUCUGCAGGAAAGAAAUUUGUGGAUGCAGUUAACUGGAAGCAGACGGAAUUGAUACCUGAGUUUGCAAAGGAUAUCACUGUUUCAGAAUGUAGCCCAGAAGCAUUCGGUGAUUGUGAUGUUGUAUUCUCUGGUUUGGAUGCUGAAUAUGCUGGUCCGAUAGAAAAAGCCUUUGCUGACGCAGGCUUGCCAGUUAUUUCCAAUGCUAAGAAUUACAGGAGGGAACCAGAUGUCCCCCUUGUCGUUCCAAUUGUUAAUCCAGAGCAUUUAGAUAUUGUUGCAAAUAAGUUAAGUAGCUUGAAGGCUGCAGGAAAGUCAAAACCAGGAUUUAUUGUGUGCAUUUCUAACUGCUCCACUGCUGGCCUUGUUGCUCCUCUAAAACCGUUAAUUGAGAAAUUUGGUCCUAUCGAGGCUUUAACUACAACUACGCUACAAGCUAUAUCUGGCGCUGGCUUCUCUCCAGGUGUCCCAGGUAUCGAUAUACUGGACAAUAUUAUUCCAUACAUUGGAGGUGAAGAGGAUAAGAUUGAAUGGGAAACCAAAAAGAUUUUAGCGCCUUUGAGUGAAGACAAAAAGUCUGUUGUGUUAUUGACUGACGAUGAGAUGAAGGUUUCUGCACAGUGUAACAGAGUUGCUGUGUCUGAUGGUCAUACCGAAUGUAUUUCAUUAAAAUUCAAGAAUAGACCAGCACCAUCAGUUGAGCAAGUCAAACAAUGUCUAAAAGAAUAUGUGUGCGAAGCUUCUAAGUUAGGUUGUCACUCUGCGCCAAAGCAAACAAUCCAUGUUCUCGAGCAGAAUGAUAGGCCUCAGCCAAGAUUAGAUAGGAACAGGGACCAAGGCUAUGGCGUGUCAGUUGGCAGAAUCAGAGAGGACUCCGUCUUAGACUUUAAGAUGGUUGUGUUAUCGCACAACACAGUUAUUGGUGCUGCUGGCGCUGGUAUAUUGAUUGCCGAGUUACUCGUAGUUAAAAAUUUGAUUUGA